AUGAGUUUGGAAAUGACUUACGAAGACUUUAGUAACAAGACUGUGAAACACCAGUCUGAUCAGAAGCUAAAUGGAAGGAAAGACAGAGGUACUCAUUUUCUUUCUUCUCCCUGGUGGUACGCUGCUACUGUGACUCUUGGAAUCCUUUGCCUGGGAUUAGUGGUGGCCAUUGUAAUGCUGGCAAAACAAUUAUCCCAGGUGUCUGCUCUUCUAAAGCAACAACAAGCAAACCUCACUCAGCAGGAAAACAAACUGGAGGGUCAGAUGCUAGCCCAACAGCAGGCCCAAGAAGCUUCCCAGGAGUCACAAAAGGAACUCAAGGAAAUUAUAAAAACACUUUCUGAGACGCUGGAUGAGAAAUCUAAAAAGCAAAUGGAACUUCAACUUGAGAAAAUGAAUCUCCAAGAAGCUCUGAAGAAAGCAGCAAAUUUUUCAGGUCCUUGUCCCCAACAGUGGAUCUGGCUUGGAGAAAACUGUUACUUCUUUUCCUCUAGCUCAUUUAACUGGAAAAAAAGCCAAGAGAACUGUUUGUCUUUGGAUGCCCAGUUGCUGAAAAUUAAUAGCGUAGGCGAUCUGGAAUUAAUCCAGAAAGCCAGUGCCCAUUCCAGUUUCCCAUUCUGGAUGGGAUUGUCUCACAGAAAACCCAACAACUCAUGGUUAUGGGAGGAUGGCUCUCCUUGGAUGCCUGAUUUGUUUAGACUCCAGGGUGCUGUUUCAAAGACAUUCUCUGCAGGCACGUGUGCAUAUAUGCAAAGGGGGAUUGUGUAUGCUGACAACUGCAUUUUAGCUGCAUUCAGUGUAUGCCAGAAGAAGGCGCAUCUCUUGACAGCACAGUGA